GGUGGGAGAGGGAGGGAGGGCGCCGCCAUUUUGUGUGUGAGGACAGACAGAGAGAGCGAGAAAGGCGACGGGAGCGAUGGUGCCUCUGACCAGCAAACUGCUGGCUCUGUCCGGUCGGAGCAUUCGCCAAAUUGCUGCAAGACAUGCUCAUCACAAAACUGGUCCUGACUUCCAUGACAGAUAUGGAACUGCUAUCCUGGCAGGAGGAACAGUAUUCUGUGCUUCGAUUUGGACUUAUGUUUGUACGCAGACUGGGAUCACAUGGAAUCUUUCGCCAAUUGGCAAAAUCACCCCUGAAGACUGGAAACCAGAAUAACCAAACGGACCAAGUGUUCGCAAUGAAGAGUACAGAUGAGCUAAAAUGGCCUCCAGCCUCAUAACUUAUUCUGCACUAAUUUACCUCUGUAUAUGGUGUUUCAUAUUAAAUCAAUAAAUUAUAAAAACAAAUUGUA